CCGCGCAGAAAAGUCACGGCUCUUCAAUUUGGUCUUCUACCACCACAUAUCGCAGUCUAAAGACCAUCUACUCUAAGUAGACCCGUUCCUAUACUUUAAGCACUCCCCAACAAGAUCCCUUCCCACGCCAGGCGUCCCAAAAUGCUCCUCAACGCCAAAACAGCCAUUUCCACCUCCGCGGUGCUCCUAGUCCCAUACUCCAAAUGGCACGUCCCCCGAUACCACGAAUGGAUGCAAGAUGAGGAAAUCCAAGAAGCAACCGCCUCCGAACCCCUCACCAUCGAAGAAGAAUACGCCAUGCAACAAAGCUGGCGCCAAGACCCCGAUAAACUUACCUUCAUCAUCUGUCACCCAGCGCCAAUCCCAUCCCCAGGCCCUAUGCAAACCACAGCCGACACCCCAGACCGCAUGGUCGGCGACAUUAACCUCUUCCUUCGCAUCGACGACGGCGAAGAAGGCGACUCGGAGCCCCAGAUCAUCGGGGAAAUCGAACUCAUGAUCGCGGAGAAGAAUAACCAGCGGAAAGGGUUUGGGAAGGCGGCGCUGAAUACGUUUCUUCGGUAUAUUGUUGAGCGGGAGGGGGAGGUUUUGGAGGAGUUUGUGGGGAGGGAUGAGGGGGCGAGGAGGGCGUUGGAGGGAAAGGGGGAAGGGAAGGGGUUGAGGUUGGAGUGUUUGAGUGUGAAGAUUGGGAAGGAUAAUGAGAGGAGUUUGGCGCUGUUUGAGGGGGCGAUGUUUAGGAGGGUUACCGAUGAGCCGAAUUAUUUUGGGGAGUUUGAGUUGAGGCGUGGGAGGGGGGAUUUGGGGAGGGAGGUGGUGGAGGGGGGGUUGGAGAGGGCGGGGGUGAGGGGGUAUGAGGAGCUCUUGUUUCUCUGUUGGAUGGGUUCGAUUGCUAAGACUCAGCAGGACCUAUCUACAGCCUGGUGGAGGCCGAGCGAUUAA